UGCAAUAUCAGCGGAAGUUCCUUAUCAAACGACUAUGCGGAUGUAUCAAAAUGAUCCUCUUUAAAUAUCCUUUAAUUUAACAGUGUAGAAGAGUUAAAAUCCUGAUGGUCUUUGUAGUUAUUUUUUUCGUAAUAAGUAAGAAGUGCUAGCGGUUUGAAUAUUGCUUUAUUUUUAAACCAAACGUUGGAAAUGAAUUGCCAAACGUUACCAGAAACACUGCCGUGAAUUAUUAUUAUACUCUUCCUUAUAAGCACUGGCUAAAUAUUCACGACUCAUCGACGUUAAUUGAAUUAUUUCAUUGGAUGUUGGUGUGUUGGUUUAUUCUUGAGUCCAAUGUCUGCGGAGGCUUCCGCUGCGAGAGCGCCAGGCCUUGGGGAUACGGCGGGCCCCGUGUCCCAGCCCCCGGGCCCCGUCCCAGAGGUCAGCCAUGCGGGGCGGGGGCUAAUGGGUAGCAAGUAUGUAAAGCUCAAUGUCAGUGGCUCGCUGCACUACACAACCAUCCAGACCCUGAGCAAGGAGGACAGCCUGCUGAGGAGCAUCUGCACCGGGGACAUCGAGGCCAUGAUAGACCCAGAGGGUUGGGUAGUGUUGGAUAGGUGCGGUCGCCACUUUGGACUUGUUUUAAACUUCCUGCGUGACGGCUCAGUACCACUUCCGGAAGAGAGCAGAGAACUGGAAGAAGUUUUGAAGGAAGCUCAGUAUUACAGGGUCCAGGGCCUAGUCCAACAUUGCCAGAAUGCCAUGCAGAAACAGACAGACGUCUAUGAAGGUGUCUGUCGUAUUCCCAUGAUCACCUCAGCCAAAGAGGAGCAGAAGAUGAUCGCUACCUGUAGGAAGCCUGUGGUGAAGUUACAAAACAACAGAGGAAACAACAAGUACUCCUACACCAGCAACUCGGACGACAACCUCCUGAAGAACAUCGAGCUGUUCGACAAGCUGGGCCUGCGCUUCAACGGACGUGUGCUGUUCGUCAAGGAUGUACUCGGGGACGAGAUCUGCUGCUGGUCGUUUUACGGGGAAGGGCGCAAGAUCGCAGAAGUGUGCUGCACCUCCAUCGUCUAUGCUACGGAGAAGAAGCAGACCAAGGUGGAGUUCCCAGAGGCCCGCAUCUUUGAGGAGACACUCAACAUCCUCAUCUACGAGAAAGGGGGGCGGGGAUCCGGCGCCUCAGGGCUGGCCCUCCUUGACCAACGGGGUCCUGGCUCAUCGCCUGGCGCCGGCCAAUCAGAGGAGGAGGGGGGUGGUGGAGGCGGGGCAGACAGGCGUGUGCGACGCAUCCAUGUCAGGAGGCACAUCAUGCACGACGAGAGGAGUGGGGGUCAGCAGACGGUGUACAAGGACUAGAAGUUGGAGGCUGAGCAGGAGGGUCAUGGGAGGGGUAUUGGUAAUAGCAAUAGCAUGGAAGCUUAGCCAUUGCGGAAAUGUCAUAAAGGCCCCACAAUGUUGUGUCUGUGUGUGUUGGGAAGAAAAUCUUUAUGUUUACAAGGAAAAUACUUUUUAGGGUGGCACAAAUUCUUAAAAUAUGUAUGUCAAAACUGAGGCUGCGAACGGCGGGGUGACCUGAUAUUUCUCUACUGGCUUAUAUCCAUGGUGACAGCUUAACUCCUCUGCGGUUCUGGGGGGAUUCUUUCAGAAACAGUCUGCUACGCUGUUGACGUCCACAUGGGACUGUGAAUUAUAUGCACUGAGAGCUUCUCUGCUCUGCACAUUUAACUAAAAGCUCCUUGUGUUGUCUGUAAUGAUGAUGAAAGAGCGGUAAAGACGUGGAGUCUGGAAAUAAUAUGUGGUUGCCAUUUUCUACUGAGUGUGAGGCUCUAAUAUGAUUGUUCAGCGGGCACCUUGUUUAAAAAUUAUAACUUAUUGACAUUGUUUCCAUUUGUGUGUUUUCUAUUAAUUUAAGGAAGUAAUUUAUUGUGUUCUUUCCAUUUCUGUUGUUGUAUGCAGGGUGUGGAAAUUGUGUUAUUUUAUUACCGUUUGAAAUUAGUUUUAUUUAAUGGAUUGUGCACAAUGCACUCAUUUCAUUUUGAGUUUCAUCUCAUGGAUGUUGUACUUGAACCCAACAUUUAAAAUGAUACUGACUGCCGCAAGCCAUGAUGGAAUGACAUCCCACUACCCAACAAGUAAAUCCUGAAAUAUGGUAGACCUGCAUUGAAAAUGUUACAAUUUUGAAUUUCCUCUUUAUGGUAAUUAGACAUCAUGACAGCCUUAGGGUUUCAUGCACUCUUUUUAAAUAAUAUUAACGGACUAUGUGUAAAAAUGCACUAAACUUCCGUCCAGAAAGUUGCACAUUGAAAUGUUCUCAAUAAACAAAUUGUUCAACGAUA